AGUAGUUGUAGUAGGCCUACUCCCCCGUCACCUCGUAUUUGUAAUUAUGAAUAUUGGUUUUUAAAGUCCAACUUUAAGGGACUAUAUCGGAGACAGAAAGUGGCAAAGUUGAUCAAAUAGAUAGAUCAACAAUGCGGACCGUAGGCCUAGUAGGAAAAGCCUCCCGCUAGGCUUUGCGCCCUGGAUCAGCCGUGUAGCGGGAGCAAAGGGGCUACACUGGUAGAACUAUAAAGCUAGGAUUAAUGUAACCUAAGCAUUGACAGACCUCGCAUAUAGACCAGGCUGUGAUGAUAAGUCCAAAUCAGUCAUACUGUGUUUUUACAGCUUAGUGUAUACGUCUCUAAAUUGAUCAAGUUUAUUUCAAUAUAAAUUUGUGUAUUACUAUUAGGGCAGGUUAUGACACAUAAUUGACUCCAAUUAGUAAAUGUAUGCAAUCACCUCUCAACCCCUCCCCCAUCCAUCCAUAGAUGACAUGCCUUCUAAAAUUCCUGCGUAGACACUAGACCGCUAUCUUUCCUUAUUGCGAGAGGGUGUGCAGCAGGGAAAUUUCAAAGUGGGGAGAAGACUAUCUUAGCUUUAGCAUCAACCUAUGUAUAUAGAAUUUUAUACAAAUACAUUCUUUUAGGCUAUAAUACAUACCUGAACAUCUAGAAGUCCAUAACCAUCCAUUUGCAAGUUCUUCCAACAAGCAGUAAAAUGAGGUCUUCCACAAUACACAGAGCAAGCAAAUGGUCUGGAGGAAAGGGCUGUUGCAUGUGACGUUCCUGUAUCAGUUUACCAGUAUGAUAAGAUGUAAUCAUGGAUUCGAGGAAAUUAUCCAUCACAGUGGAUGCCAUAAUGUUGCAUGGGGAUUUAAUUCAUAUAACCCACCUGUAUACAAGUACAAUAACCCCAGGCAACCAUCUGAGAUACGGUCGGAUGUCAUACAAAGUGACAGGGUAUGCAGGACUAUUGCUCAGCUCAGUGAGAGGGAGGGAAAAUCUGAGACAGAGCUACGGCAAGAAGCAGAGGAAAUUAUCAGUGAAAUGGGCCAUGAGAAAGGCAUGGCAGCCAUCAGAGUGUUCGCUAUCGCUCUUACCAAUACUUGGCGUCACAUGUAUCGAGGCAUAUAUGUGAACAAAGGGAACAUUCUAAAGGUUCGGGAGCUGUGUAAGGAUCAUCCUGUCGUGUUCAUGCCAUGUCAUCGUAGCUACAUGGACUUCUUGCUUAUGUCCUACAUCUGCUAUGCUUAUGAUCUACCCUGUCCUGUCAUCACAGCUGGAAUGGAUUUCAUGGCAAUGCAGGUGAUAGGGUCAUUGCUGCGCAGGUCCGGUGCAUUCUUCAUUCGUCGCUCGUUUGGCUCCGACUUAUUGUACUGGGCCAUCUUCACAGAAUACGUGCAAACUCACCUGCGCAAUGGUGACUCCCCCGUGGAGUUCUUCGUGGAGGGCACGCGCAGUCGUUCCCAAAAAUCGCUUGCCCCCAAGCUGGGCUGUUUGACAGCAGUGCUGGAGACAUAUUUCAAGGCAGAGGUACCUGACCUUUACAUUGUGCCAGUGGGCAUCAGCUAUGAACGCAUUCUGGAAGAGAAACUCUACAGCUAUGAGCUGCUUGGUGUUCCAAAACCCCGGGAAUCGACAUCUGGAUUAUGGAAGGCCAGGCACAUUCUCUCAAGUGACUACGGAAGCAUUCAUGUGUCAUUCGCCACUCCGAUCUCGGUGCACGAAUUUAUGAAAGGACAUGUGGACAGAAGCGUGCACAGUGUGCAGCCACGGUACAUGUCAGCGUUGUCACAAAGGGAAAUUGCUGCUGCACAGAUAAUGGCAGAGGAAGUACUGUUGCAACAGCAGAGGCAGAUGGUAUUGUCGCCAUGGUCACUGGUAGCCACUCUGCUUCUGCAUCAUGGUGGAUGCAUACACAUGAAGCAGCUCUGCACCGAGGUUCAGUGGUUAAAACAGUUGGCAGAGAACUUUGGAAGUCGUGUGGACUGGCACGGAGCUGAGGAUGGAUCUGUAGAGAAGAUGCUGAGAGAUAUCCUUCCUGUGUACAAAGACACGGUCACCCUCUCCACAGACUUGCACCUCCGUAGCAACCCUGUAGAGAAGGCAACGUCGGACCGAAAAGGGCUUGAUUCUGCUACCAUGGCAACAGCGGUGCAGCACAUGAUGCUGGCAAUAUAUCGUAACCAACUGCUGCAUGCAUUUCUCCACACCGGUCUCAUCUCUGUGGCUGUGAUUGGAUGUAGAAAAAACGUCCUUUGUACAGAGGAACUGUAUGACCGCCACCUGUUUCUUCAGAAGCUUCUAUGCAAAGAGUUUACCUUCAGCUCUACAAAUAAAAAGAAGGAAUUUGACCACGCAUUCCUGUGCCUGCAGCAUAUAGGGGCAGUGUCUUUAAGUGAUCAUCAACUACACAUAGCUCGAUCAACUACCAAGACUACGAUCUUUCUCCAGCGAUUAUUUCAGCCAUUUCUCUUUGGAUAUUGGCUGUUAUUUGAGUACUUGGUUACGCACGGUGUUGAGUCUGGUAGCAGUGGGCAAGCAAUGGCGAUUGGGGCACAGACCCUAGGUGCACAUCUGUUGCAGCAAGGCAUACUAUCUCAUCCAGAAAUUCUGUCACUGGAGAUGCUUAGCAAUGGUGUGAAGAGCCUGCUGGAGUGUGGCGCCAUCUGUAGGCAGAGAAAUAGAACCGGUGAUAUGAUGCUUGUGCCAGACCGUACAGAAAUCUUUCAUCUGAAGAACGAACUUGGAAAAGUAAUUCAGCUGCCCGUGUUGGAUGCAAAAGGAUUGGCUUUGCCAUUAACACCUGCAAAACUCUAGUAUGUAUACUUUGCAGAUGCAGUAUCAGUACUGAUAAUGUAUCACUGACAUAAUGCAUAUAUAUAUAUGUUCAUGCUAGUAUGUGGCUGCAUCCACGGCUACAGGGGGGCAGUGUGGCUGAAGGGGUCGUUGUCGUAUAUGUAGUACCCGAGGAAUCGGCGAGUAUGUCGCCUACGCCUACUCCCUAACCCUAACCCUAACCCUAUCCUUAA